GUUGAAGGUUCCCAAGAGUUGGAACCUCCUGGGUGAGAAGGUGACGCUCAAAGCCUUCAGCAAGUACGCGGCGCAGCUCGACACCAAGAAAGUUGGGAGAUCCCAAAGGUUGAAGGUUCCCAAGGGUUGGAACCUCCUGGGCGAGAAGGUGACGCUCAAAUCCUUCAGCAAGUACGUGGCCCAGCUCGACACCAAGAAAUUUGGGAGAUCCCAAAGGUUGAAGGUUCCCAAGAGUUGGAACCUCCUGGGCGAGAAGGUGACGCUCAAAUCCUUCAGCAAGUACGCGGCCCAGCUCGACACCAAGACCGACUCCACGGGCACGCACUCGCUCUACACCACGUACCAGGACUACGAGAUCAUGUUCCACGUGUCCACCAUGCUGCCCUACACGCCCAACAACCGCCAGCAGCUUCUCCGGAAGCGCCACAUCGGCAACGACAUCGUCACCAUCAUCUUCCAGGAGCCGGGCGCGCUGCCCUUCACGCCGCAGAGCGUCCGCUCGCACUUCCAGCACGUCUUCAUCAUCGUGCGCGCCCACCAGCCCUGCUCCGACAGCGUCUCCUACAGGUGGGACCUGGAUUUGGGGGAGAAUCCUGAAAAUUCUGCGGAAUUUGGUUAA